UACCGCUCGUUGCCACUCAACAUAAACGUUAACCUUAUGCCCGCACGUAUGACAUCGAGGAAAAGAGAAGCUGGCAGCCCGUGAGUGUAUCAUGCGGCAGCCCCCAUCUGAUGAAGGGCAGCUGGGCUUUGAAACAAAAAGCUCUGGGCCGAAUUGCGAAAGAAGGAGAAGGCUUGGAGAUCCAUGCACCCUGAUGUUACCACGCGUGGUAUAGAAGGGCAGCUGGGCUUUAUGAUAAUUGGAGAGGCUUGUGGCUGGGUCACUUGGGCUCGACCAAGGGAGCCGUGUGUGUACUCACGUUCCUGAGGCUCGUGAGCUGGAAUGAAAAGCAUAUGGGUCGUAGCACCCUGACGUGACCGAUCCAUGCAAAAGUAAGGCCGGGCAGCUUGGUCUUUUGGCGCAUGUGUGAACUGGGUAGCCGAACGGGACGGCAGAGGGGGUCGCAGUCUCGCAGAGGGGACCCGAGCAGCUGCAGCAGCAGCAGCUUGCCGCUUGAACGCGAGCAUCUCUUCUCUCUCAUGGUUCUGCUGCGUUGCCGCCGACCACAAGAAGAAAAAAAUAACACAGCAGCGUACAGCUGCUGUGUGCAGAGUGAUAAUUUUCUUCAAGUGAAGAAAUUAAAAGGCAUACAGGGAUUGAUUUUACUAAUGUCUAUUCCUAAAGCUGUCAAAGAUGGAAAGUUAGAUUCUAUUAGCGGCUAUGUCAAAGAAGGAAAGCAAGAUUCAACUCUUGAUGAUGCCAUUUAGAUUAAGACAUGCAACAACCUAAAAGUAUCUACCAGCAGGUCACUACAUCAGCCAUGCAAGUGGUGUUCCAAUCAAGCAUGCAGUCCUAAUGUCCACUACCAGCAUGCAGUUCACAAGAUAUAUCAAUCCAAGCAUGAAGUCUAGAAGGUAAAUCAUCUAUUAAACUGAAGUUAGAUAAGCACAAAGAAAUUGUGUGUGUUGUGCGCAGGAAAAAAUUUUGAGUGCGCAAACAAUAGAAAUUGUGUGUGUUGUAUGUACAAAAAAGAAUUGUAAGUGUGUUCUGUGUGUUAGCAACAUGGAAGUGUUUUGUAAGUGAGAAUGCUUA